CCAAAAUGAAGAAGAAGAACAAGAAGAUGAUGAUGAUCAGAGGGCUAACGUUAAAUCAGAGCAAACCGACGGUGAUAAUGACGAUGAUGAAGAAGAAGAAUCAACGGCUAGUAAUGGAACAAGUAACGCAAAACGGAGGUCCUCAAUUAAUUCGAUCAGUGUCUAUCACUGCCGUGGAACACAUUGCUACACUGCAAGCUUUGUUGCAUGCUUAUAAAGAGAAUGAAAUUUUGUCAAUAAUAUCAUUCCACUCCUCGUAUUUCUAUUCCUGGGAUUAUUUUUUUCUUGGUUUUUCUUGGGGACAGGUUGGGGGACGAAUCAGGGGACAUGAGUGGGAGGAUUGAGGAUUGUUGAGGGAAAAUAUGGCUGUAUUAUAUUUCUUCCAGAGUCACAUUUACAUUCUUUGGCUUUAGGGAAAAUGUUUCUUUAUAAUAGUUGAUUUUUUUUCAUUUUGUUUUUGUUUUAUCAAUAGACAGGGAACCUUUUUUUCACUUUCUAUCAGUGGGUAGUUUAAACUUAUGAAUUUGUAUGGCACUUUCUGCCACAUCCCACUGUUUUCCUCUAAAGAUUAUUCUCCUGCCAAUAGUUUGUAAUAAGCUACCAAUCAUCACUCAGUUUCUUUAUAUGAAAAGAAAAGGAAAAAACUUCACUUAGAAUGGUGUAGCCCCUGUUUGGAGUUACUAUCGGGUGUUACAAGAGCAGGUUUACAAUUUUUUUUAAUAUAAUAUCUAUUUUUUUUAAACUUCUUAUAAGCUUGCUUUUGAAAAAAGCUUUAAUGUACCUGCUUCUCUCCAAAGCAGUUUUUAAAACUCAAUUUUUUUUUUCAAAAAGUAUUUUGCCAAAAAGCAAUCCCGAACAGGGCUAUAUUAUAUGCAAUGCGACUUGUGAAAGCGAUCAAUCCCGACUCUACGAUGCUUAUUUGCCUCUGCCUUUUUGGUCUAAUGAGCAAAAAAAUGAAGGCAAGAAAAGAGGGGGUGGUUUUAGCAAAUUAUGUAGCCUUUCUCCUCAACUUCAGGAGCUCACUGGGGUGCCUCAGUUGGCUAGAACAGAGGUUGUCAAGCAACUUUGGAGUCACAUUAGAGAGAAAAAAUUGCAAGACCCAAAUAAUAGACGGAACAUAAUUUGUGAUGAACCAUUCCGAGCCCUUUUUGGUGUUGAUUCUAUUGACAUGUUUCAAAUGAAUAAAGUCCUAUCAAAGCACAUUUGGCCCUUGGAUUCUGAUGGUGUUGUUCCAGCCAAGUCUGAACCAAAAGAAAAGCAGCGAAAGCAAGAGAGAGAAGAAGAGCCAGAUGAGCCAAAAAGAAAGGAAAAGCGACGGAAGGGAGAAAAAUCAGGUUUUCUUGCUCCCCUACAACUCUCAGAUGCUCUAAUAAAGUUUUUUGGCACUGGAGAAAAUGCAUUAUCACGAGCUGAUGUCAUCAAGAGAAUGUGGGAAUAUAUAAAGCAGAACAACCUCCAGGAGACUUGGUCGCCAAUGGGCCCUUGCCUUUCAAACUUCGCAUUCAUUUCAUCAUUCGUUAGCCUGGUCAGGACUUGCAUGUGUUGUCAAUAUCACUACAGGAAUAAUGCCUCAGGAAAAGCUAAUUUCAGCUUCAUCCUGUGGCUUUUUUGUGAUACCGAAUGUACCAUUAGUUUGUUUCAAAUAAAUGGAAUCUUAAUUUAUUAAUCGUGAGUUCAAGAAUUUAAAGUUUCUGA